UCGGUAACAGCAGAGUCCCCCCUAACCAAUAAAUGAAGCCAAAAACACGAAGAACUCAUUAUAGCGACGUAGGAUUCCCAACCAGGAACAAACCUUUCCGUAAAAGUCAAAAGCAGAAAUAUUUUAUCGGUGCUCCGUCAAAGAUAAGAGCGUACCAAAUUCUCUCUCCCGCCUCCCAUCUGCAGAUUGCAAUUGCGCCUCCUUUUCUUCUUCUUCUUCUUGGGUUCGUCUUCUAUAUUUUCUCCUUUCUUGGUGCACAUACUCAAAUCAUUCAUAGCAUAAAUUCUUGAAUUAAGAAAAAAAAAUUUGUUAUGGGAUUCGAGAAAGAUGAAGCAAGCUCAUCCUCGUAUGUCCUGAACGUUCCUAGGGAAGAUACUCCCCUAGUCGCCACUAAUGGCCAUCAUCUCUCUUCCCGGAGCAAGACUUUUGCUAAUGUCUUCAUAGCUAUAGUGGGAGCAGGUGUCCUUGGCCUACCCUACACAUUCAAGAGAACAGGGUGGGCGAUGGGCAUCCUUAUGCUCUCAUCGGUAGCCUUCCUCACCUACCACUGUAUGAUGCUCUUAGUCCACACGCGCAGAAAACUUGAAUCCGGUCUUAAGUCUCCAAAGAUCUCAUCUUUUGGUGAUCUUGGAUUUGUUGUGUGUGGUCCUGUCGGCAGGUUUGCCGUCGAUGCUAUGAUUGUUCUUUCUCAAGCUGGUUUCUGCGUAAGUUACUUGAUAUUUAUAGCCAAUACUUUAGCUUAUAUAUUCAAUUACGCUCCCACUAACCCAAACCCUAAGAUCUUGGGAAUUUUUGCGCCCAAGUCUGUGUACAUAUGGAGCUGUUUUCCGUUCCAACUGGGGUUGAACUCAAUUCCCACGCUGACCCAUCUGGCCCCCUUGAGCAUAUUUGCUGACUUAGUUGAUAUGGGCGCCAUGGGGGUAGUGAUGGUCGAAGAUGUUAUGAUUUUUCUUAGAAACAGGCCUGCCUUGGAAGCCUUUGGCGGGUUCAAUGUGUUCUUUUAUGGGCUUGGGGUGGCAGUUUAUGCUUUUGAAGGGAUCGGAAUGGUAUUACCGCUGGAGUCAGAGACGAAGGAGAAGCAACAGUUUGGGAGAAUCCUGGGUUGGGCAAUGGCUUUCAUCUCCUUAAUGUUUGGAGGAUUUGGGGUUUUGGGGUAUUUUGCUUUCGGCGAAGAGACCAAAGAUAUAAUCACGACCAAUUUUGGGCAGGGACUAUUGAGCUGCCUUGUUCAGUUGGGUUUGUGCAUUAACCUAUUCUUUACUUUCCCACUGAUGAUGAACCCUGUUUAUGAGGUGGCGGAGAGGAGAUUCUGUGAAGCCAGGUAUUGCUUGUGGAUGAGAUGGGUUACGGUUUUGGGAGUGACGUUGGUGGCUCUCCUGGUGCCAAAUUUUGCUGAUUUCUUGUCUCUAGUUGGGAGCAGUGUGUGCAUCGUUCUGGGUUUUGUUUUGCCGUCUUUGUUUCACUUGAUCGUGCACAAAGAAGAAUUGGGGUGGCGGGGUUUGGCUCUGGACGUGGCAAUUGUAGCACUGGGUUCAGCAUUUGCUAUCUUCGGAACAUGGACUUCCUUGAUAGAGAUUACGGCAGCCAAGGCUUGAGAAACAAAGCAAAGAAUGGACCUGUAUGCAGAACAAUUUUUUAUUUUUAAAAUUUUACGACACUUAUUUCUUGUGCUUUCCAGUCAAUCAGUUUUUGGUAAUGUUGCUGCGUGGACGAGUGUGUUAGGCACUUGUUUGUUACCAUUUCAACCCAAUCAGAAGAAAGUCUAACAGUCACCUGAGGGAAGUACUAGGUGCCUUCCAGAAUCAAGGUGGCUGUGUCAUAGAAGGGGCCUAAUUUGGUGAAUUUGGAUUGAGCCAAAUUUGGCGUUUCAUCACAGAUAUGUAAUGGAAAAAAAACUCGGUGAACAUAUAAUACCAAAAUAGAUUGGUUGUUGAAA